AUGGCGACCCCAAUGCGAUCAUCUCGGGCGAAAGCCUCACCAAUUUUGACCUCUUUGGUGUGUGGCUUCCUGCUGUACUUUGGAGUUCCCAUGGCUUUCUCCACCUUGGCCGGUCAUCCUAAGACCUCGCAGCAGCGGAGGCAAUUCAGCGUGGCCCGUCGCGGUGAAAGCGCCACCGCCGAAAAAACCGAGACGGCCGAGGGAGCCGAGGGAGAGGAGUUUGAGUUUCAGGCCGAGGUGGGCAGAGUGAUGGACAUCAUCAUCAACUCCUUGUACUCCAACAAGGACGUGUUCCUGCGCGAGUUGGUCUCCAACGCAGCGGACGCCUGCGACAAGAAGCGCUUCUUGGCGCUCACCAACAGCGACGCGCCGCCGGAGCCCAUGAAGCUGCGCAUCAACACCGACAAGGAUGCCAGAACACUCACCAUCGAGGACAAUGGCGUCGGCAUGUUGAAGGAGGAGCUCAAGGAGAACUUGGGCCGCAUCGCCCGGUCAGGAACCGCCAACUUCGUGAAGGAGCUGGGAAGCGGUGACGCAGAUGUGAGUUUGAUCGGCCAGUUUGGUGUGGGUUUCUACUCCGCUUUCCUGGUGGCCAACAAGGUGGACGUCUAUUCCCGAAGCUUCAAAGAGGAGUCGGAUGGAAAGACCUGGUUCUGGUCUUCCACAGGACAUUCCUACAAAAUCGUGGAGGCUCCAAAGGAGGACUUCUUUGGUGAGCAGAGCGGCACCAAGAUCGUGCUGCACCUCAGGGAGGAAGCGCAGGAGUACUUGGACACCGGCAAGCUGUCAGACUUGCUGAAGAAGUACAGUGAGUUCAUCACUUUCCCCAUCGAGCUCUUCAAUGAGAAGGUCCAUUACGACCAGGUGCCCGAUGAGUCCGCACCACCUCCCAAGGAGGGUGAGAAGCAGAAGAUGAAGAGUGUGCCACGCUCCGUCUAUGAGUGGGACAUCAUGAACAAGAUGAAGCCCAUCUGGCUGCGAAACCCGGAUGUGGUGAACCAGUCUGAAUACACCGAGUUCUACAAGACCACCUUCAAGGCCUUCGAUGAGCCCAUGACUGUGACACACUUCAAGGUGGAAGGUCAGAUCGAGUUCCGCGCCCUGGUUUUCAUCCCCUCCACCAUGCCCUUCGAGCUCACGCGCGACAUGUUCUCACCGGAGGGCCGGGCCAUGCGGCUCUACGUGAAGCGGGUCUUCAUCAACGACAAGUUUGAGGACCUGGUGCCUCGCUGGCUGACCUUCGUCCGUGGUGUGGUGGACUCUGAGGAUCUUCCGCUGAACGUGGGACGAGAGAUCCUGCAGAAGAGCCGAACGUUGAAGAUUAUCCGCAAGCGAGUGGUGCGCAAGGUGCUUGACACCAUCGAUGACCUCCGGGAGAGCAAUCCUGACAAGUUUGAGUCCUUCUGGACCAGCUAUGGCAAAUACUUCAAGGUUGGUUUGGUCGAGGAUUUGGAUUACAAGGAUGAGUUGAAGCGCUUCGUCCGUUUCUGGUCUUCCAAGAGCGGUGACAACCAGACCAGCUUGGAUGAGUACAUCAGUCGAAUGAAGGAAGGCCAGGACAAGAUCUACUUCGUGACCGGUGAGGGCAAGCGCGCCGCAGAGAUUGCACCUGCCAUGGAGAAGAUGAGGCUCAAGGACUAUGAGGUGCUGUACAUGGUGGAUCCUUUGGAUGAGAUUUGCAGUCAGAGUAUCGUGGACUACGAGGGAAAGAAGUUGGUGGAUAUCAACAAGGCCGGCCUGGACCUUGAAAAGAGCGAAGAGGAGAAGAAGGAGUUGGAAGACACCAUCAAGGAAUAUGAGACCCUUGCAACCUGGUUGAAGAAGCAGCUGGGUGAGCGAGUGCAGAAGGUGCAGGUCUCCGACCGCUUGGUGGAAUCGAUGGCCACCCUCGUGCAGGGAGAGUGGGGUAUGUCUCCAAUGAUGCAGCGCUACAUGAAGUCCCAGACCACCAGUGGCGCUCAAGAUAGUGCCUUUGCCAUUGGAUCUCGAAACCAGGCUAUUCUGGAGAUCAACCCAACCCACAGUGUCAUCAAGGCACUGAAGAACCUCAUGGAGACUAGUCCAGACUCCUCUGAGACGGAGGACAUGGUCAUGAUGGUGUAUGAAACAGCUGCUUUGAUCGGUGGCUACACCAUUGAAGACCCAGGUGACUUCGCCAAGCGAGUCACAAAGCUGAUGGAAUUCCAAGCAGAUUCAGGAUCAGCACCUGGUACCCAGGAUGCUGAGAUCGUCGGAUGA